AAACGGAAUAAAACAGAAAAAAAAAAGACAGUACGAAAGAAAUACAAUUGAGUUUUGUCACCGCCCUGCUAGUUUUAUAUUUAAGAACAUAUGCCCAAAAUUUAAAUCGAUUCAUUUAAAAUAUUGUGCAAAAUACUAGUUAUUAUCACUACGCCAAUUUUUUACUAAAAAGAAGAGGGAAAUAUAAGAAAGACGAGUCGUCUGUAAUAUAUUGAAGUUAAGCCAAAAUUGUGCAAUUAAAAUGUUGACUGAUAAGCGCUUGCAUUUAAAGCUGGCGCUAGCUGUCUUAGCCACGUGUUAUGUACUAUCCACCGAAGCGCAAUUAGCCGCUAAACUUAUACAAAAUCCUUGUGUCAAUAAAGGCAAUUGCCACGAAUGCAUUCAAACGCAAAGCUGCGCCUGGUGCAUGCGGCCCGAUCAUGGUGAUAAGCCGCGAUGCUUUCAGCAUAGUUAUUCAAAUAUUUGUCCCGAAGAGUACAUAUGGAAUCCGGAUACCGAACAAAAAUUCAUUAUAAAUCGUGAAUUAACUCGUGCCGGUCAAAUGUCUAGUUUCGGCGGUGGCCAAAUGUCUUAUGGCGGUUCAUAUUAUGCCAACUCUUCAUAUAGCAGUUCCGCUUCCGGUUCAUAUUCCGGAUCAUAUGGUGCGGCAGGCUCAGCUGGAGCUUACGGCAGCGCCAGUUCAAGUGGCGAAAUUGUGCAAAUUAGUCCUCAACGUGUAGGACUGAAAUUACGCAUUAAUCAAGUUCACAGCUUACAUAUGCGUUAUUCACAAGCCGAAGAUUAUCCGGUCGAUUUAUAUUAUCUUAUGGACUUGUCAAAGUCAAUGGAAGACGAUAAAGAGAAAUUAUCUGCUUUGGGUAAUUUAUUGUCAGAGACGAUGCGUAAUAUAACAUCAAAUUUUCGUUUGGGUUUCGGUUCGUUUGUGGAUAAGGUGUUGAUGCCCUAUGUAUCGACUAUACCUAAAAAACUUGAACAUCCCUGUGAAGAUUGUGAAGCUCCUUAUGGUUAUCGCAACCAUAUGCCCUUGAGCACUGAUACUUCAACAUUCACUUCCGAAGUGAAAAAAGCGGCAGUUUCGGGUAAUUUAGAUGCUCCUGAGGGCGGUUUUGAUGCUAUUAUGCAAGCGAUAGCUUGUCGCCAGCAAGUAGGUUGGCGUGAGAAGGCGCGUCGUUUAUUGGUAUUCUCGACUGAUGCCGGCUUCCAUUAUGCCGGUGACGGCAAGUUGGGCGGUGUUAUUGCCCCCAAUGACGGUGAAUGCCACUUGAAUUCCGAGGGACUAUAUACGCAUUCUGUAAUUCAAGAUUAUCCGAGUAUAUCGCAAAUUAACCAUAAAGUUAAACAAAACUCAAUAAAUAUUAUAUUUGCUGUUACGUCCAGUCAGCAUUCGGUUUAUGAGAAACUCUCUCAGCAUAUCGAAGGAUCGUCGAGUGCUAUACUAUCGAAUGACUCUUCAAAUGUUGUCGAUUUAGUUAGAGAGGAAUAUGGAAAAAUAUCUUCCUCUAUUGAAAUGAAAGACAAUGCGACUAGUCAUGUCAAAAUUACUUAUCAUUCUACUUGUUUGAAUGGCGGUUCGGAAAUACCCACCUCGAAAUGUGACGGCCUUAAAGUAGGCGAUGUAGUUAAUUUCACUGCCCAAAUUCUAGUGACUUCUUGUCCGGCCGAUCCUGCCGAAUGGAAUCAAAUUAUACAAAUUUAUCCGGUGGGCAUUAACGAGAGUUUAAUUAUCGAUUUGGAAAUGCUAUGCUCUUGCCCCUGCGAGCAACCCGGCUCAAUUGGUUAUGAAGUCAACUCGCCACAUUGUAAUAAUUUCGGAACUUAUAUGUGCGGUAUUUGCGAAUGCGAUGAAAUGCAUGUUGGGGACAAUUGCGAAUGCUCCACCACUGAUGUGCACUCAGAUAAAGAGGGUGAUUUAAAUUGCCGGGCCGAUAACACCACGCAAGUCGAUUGUAGUGGCCGUGGUACAUGCUUAUGCGGCGUUUGUGAUUGCGAAAAGCGUAGCAAUCCGGAAGAGAUUAUAUCGGGACGGUUUUGCGAAUGCGAUAAUUUCUCUUGUGAGCGCCAUAAGCAGCUAUUAUGCUCUGGCCCCGAUCAUGGCGUAUGCGAGUGCGGUGUUUGUGUAUGUAAGCCGGGUUGGACUAGAUCCGCGUGUGAUUGUCAGGCCUCAAAUGAUACAUGUAUACCACCAAAUGGUGGCGAAAUUUGCUCGGGCCAUGGUGAUUGCGAGUGCGGUGUAUGCAAGUGCCGAUCUACGGAAGAAGGUCGCUAUUCAGGCAAAUAUUGUGAAAAAUGUCCGACAUGUUCGGGCCGCUGUCAUGAGCUUAAAGACUGCGUUCAAUGCCAAAUGUACAAAACUGGCCCUUUGAAGGAUGAAAACGAUUGUGCUACGAAUUGUACUAAUUUUACACCGAUUGCUGUCGACAAAGUCGUUAUCAAUGAAACAAAAGAUGAACUCCUAUGCAUGUUCUACGAUGAAGAUGAUUGCAAAUUUACCUUUAAAUAUAGCGAAGCUGAUGAUAAAAUUGAAGUGCAUGCCCAGCAAGAACGCGAAUGUCCACCGAAAGUGUUUAUGCUGGGAAUUGUGUUGGGCGUUAUUGCUGCAAUAGUUUUAGUUGGUCUCGCCAUUUUAUUGUUAUGGAAACUUCUAACCACUAUACAUGAUCGUCGGGAAUUUGCACGUUUCGAAAAAGAACGCAUGAAUGCCAAAUGGGAUACGGGUGAAAAUCCAAUUUACAAGCAGGCAACUUCAACUUUCAAAAAUCCCAUGUAUGCCGGGAAAUAAUUCGGGGCUGGCUUUCCAGAAACUUGAGUAAACGUGAAUUUUUCCUAGAAAAUCAUUAAAAUAAGAAUAACAAUGACCACAUGUUCUGUUUCUUUUUUUUUUUUUUUU